GCCUGCUCUGACCAUCGAGAUGAUGACUUCCCAGAUGUCCACAUGGAGUACUCCAGGGAGUGGCACAAGGACACCCAGAACACCAAAGCAAGUUUCGUUUGUUGACGAGCUGGAAAGUUUGGGAUCUGAAAGAGAAGGAGACUUUGAGAUGGAAUGUCCAGUUUCAGGUCCAUCUAAGAGUAUAAGACCAUCUGAAUCCUCUCUGAAAAGGAAGUAUGCCAACCUUCUCUUAGAUGAAGACGAUGAUGAGGACAAUGAUGAGGAUGUCGAUCUCGAGGACGAUGAGGAGGAGGAGGAGGAUGCUGUUGUUGAUCAAGGGGAUGGCCAAAGAAGUAAGGACAAGCAGCGUGGAUUGAAUCUAAGCUUAGGACAGACCUCCUUCCUGGAACCCACAGUACUGUUCAAGGCUAAUGAACCAAAAGGUGAAGCAGAGCUGAGUGAACACUCCGGUGAGGAUGGCAUCAGUGAUCAUUCCAUCUCAUCGUCCUGGGGUCACAACAUGGACUUCCCUGCCAUGCAGAUGCCUGAAAUGUUUGGAUUCAUGAGAAACAGACUCAAGCAAAAGAUGAUGGAGAAGAGAAACCAAUCUCAGCAGCUCACAGAGUCUGCUAUUCAAUCAACUCAAAACCAGAUGAACAAACUCUUUUUGGAACUCCACAAAGCAAGACAAAGGAGCCAGAAUGCGUUCCAGGACAAGCUGCUGACAGAGUUGGUCGGCAUGGAGAGAAAUCUGGAGAAACUCGACAAGAUUCAAGCCCAGAAUGAACAAAUCCUCAAACAAUACGCCAAGAAGUCCACGCAACACGUAGAACAGCACUUGUCCAGAGUGGAGGAGUUGCAUGCAGGGUUCCUGGAGAAGAGUGCCUGCCUAGGAGAGAAUGUUGUAGAAUCUCUCCAGCACGUUGUAAAUAAGGAGAUGAAGAACAUGCUCAAGAAAAUGAUGCAAGAUAUGCAACAAGAACAGAUGAAGAAAACCAUGCAGUCUCUCUUUCUCUUGCGAUGAUCAGCAGCUGAUGAUAUCAAUACUUAACACCUUAGGAGGUAUCUCUCUCUUCCUGUGUUCAUAACGUUCCAACCUGAUUCAUUUCAUCGCACAAAUCAAUGCACAUUCAUUUGAAGACGGUUGAUUAUAUCUAGAGUAUUUGCUUGUUUAAAGCUUCUAAAUUUUGAAUGAAUUUGUAUCUGCUUGUGUUAUGAUUUGAAUUGAAUGACAAUGAAGUUGAAACACAGUCUUUCUUUCACCAGCGAUGAUCAAAAGCUAACGAUAUCAAUGCUUUAUAUUUGACAAGUAUUUUCCCUUUUUUUAAUUGCUGAAGCAGCAUCAAAAUUGAAACCAGAUUUAUUUUCAUCACUGUAAAAAAUGGAUGUACAGUCAUAUAAAGAUAGUUUAUUAUACCUAGAGAAUUUCUUUGUUUGA